AUGGCGAAGAAAGGAGGCAAAGGCGGGAAGCCGGAGAGGAGCGGGAAGGGAAAGAAAGUCCAGGUCCAGGAAGUGAAGACAAAACGCAGCCUCAAGGGCACGUCCCGGCUCUUCAUGGGCUUCCGGGACCGGAAGCCCAAGAUCUCCAAAAAGAGCCGGUUCAAGAGCGCCUCUCGUUUCUUCUGGGGGCUCUGGAAGGGCCCGAAGAAGACGAGGCGGAAGACCAAGUCUAAGCUGGCCAUGAAGUCCUACUCGAAGCUGAUGACGCAGAUGAGGGUGGGCAAGAAGAAGCGGGAAGGCAAGGAGAAGAAGCCGUCCUUCAUGGUGAUCCGCUUCCCCGGGCGGCGGGGCCGCGGCAAGUUGAAGCCCAAGGCCGGCGUGGUGAGCAAAGCCUCCACGGCCGUCAAUUGGCUGACCAAGAGGUUCCUGAUGAAGAAGGCCCGGGAGUCGGGCGGCGACCAGUCCCCCGUGGACGCCUGGAUGGGCCGCACUAGCGGCCGGGUGGGAUCCUGCCGGCUGCCCUUCCCCUCGGGCGCCGAGAUCCUCCGGCACGAGGGCAGCAUCAGGCGGUUCCCCCGCAGCCAGAGCUUCUACGAGUCCGGAGAGGCGCCCGGCUUCAGGCCGUGGGAGCCCGAGGGCUCGCUCGGACCGGGCGGACCGAGGCGCUCCCUUUAUGGGCUGGAGGGAUUCCAGGAUCUGGGAGAGUACUACGACUACUAUCGUGAGGGAGACGACUACUACGACCGGCAUUCUCUCCAUCAGUACGAGGAGCAGGAACACUUGUUGUCAACCUCGCCGCCAGCCGGACCGGGCUACUACCGGCUGGGGAGGCCUGACUACGGGGACUAUUACUAUGGCGACCCGCUGGACGAGCUCUACGGAUACUACGACGACGAAGGCGACGACGACGACGACGUCUACCCACCCUACGGCUACGGCUACAGUGAUGACGCUCCUCCGUACGCCCCACCCUUCGGCUACAUGCCCUCUGACAACUACUACGACGGCUGGUGGUACCCGCCGGCGUUUUAUGGUGACGAAGAGUAUCCGUACGACUACUACGGGGACCCCUACGCCCACUACGAUGAAGAGGAUGACUCCGGGGUGGACGAGCUGGCCUACCCGCUGGAGAGCCCCUUCCCGCGGCCCGAGGAUCCUCACUUCCUCUCUGACUGGGCCGCUCUCCCCCGGCCACGGUACAACCCCUACGCCCACCCCAUGGACGACAUCGCGGAGCUGGAGGAGCCGGAGGAGUUCGGGGAUGACCAGGGCGGGUACCCCUUCAGGCCUCCAAAGCCUUCGUUCUUUGAGCAGCAGGGCAUCGAGAAGAGGGCGCCUUCCAAGCGCUCCUUCCUCAGGAAGUUCCGCCUCUUCCCGCGUCCCCAGGUGAAGCUGUUUGGCAAGGAGAAGUUGGAGGUGCCCCUCCCACCCUCACCAGGCAUCUCGUUCACCAACUAUGAUCAGGAGGAGGAGGACGAGGAGGAAGAGGAGGAGGAGUGGCCGGGAUUCCAGCCGGUCACCCCGUACCCCAGCGCCUUCCCUUCUCCUCGGGCCCAGAGGAUUCAGCGAGCGCUCUCUGCCAUGACGCCCCGGAGGACUCUGGGAUUUGAGGGCCAGCCCCCGGUCACGUCCCUGGGACGGUUCCUGCAGAAGUCCCUCUCGGAGCCCCGGCCAGUACUGAAGUCCUGGGGGAGUGUCUCCAGCGGGCAGCCUCUCCCCACAGUCAGGGAGUCUUCCUACAAGAGGUUCGGCUACAAACUGGCUGGCAUGAACCCGAGCAACCCGGGCUCCCCCGUGACGCUGAGGAAAGCCACCCGCCCCGUCGCCACCCCCACCAACUCUCAGGCGCUGCCGUCCCCUACCUUGUCCGGGAGAAGCGUCCUCCUCUCCCCACCCCCUCUGAGGAAAAGGAGCCAGGGGCCCUUCUCCCCUGAGCCUUCGCCAUCUAUCCGCUCCGGUUCUUCUCAGAGACAGAUGUUCGGUCCCAGGUCCCCUGGACCACCCUUAAGCCCCACGCUGGGAAUGGGGGCCCCUGGCUGCCGGCCCCCGCGCCUGGAAUCCCCUUCCCCUCAUCCUCCUCUGAGGCGCUUCAGGCCUCCCCCACCUCACUCCCCAGCCCCGGGCUCUCCUUACUUCCCGCCCCGGAGAGGCAGCCAGAAGCUGCCCUCGGCCCAGCUGACCCGGAGCCUGAGCCACGGCUCCCUGACGCGGCCCCGGUGGCUGCCCCACGCCUGGAACCGCCUCAGCGAGCCCCCGACCAAGGCAGUGAAGCCCCAGCUGCGUCCCUCCUUUCGGAGGUCCCUGGGGUACCAGGGUGCCGCCCAGCCCCCCAGGAGCUCCUGGCGGGAGUCACCACGGCGACAGGAUAGUCGGCGCUCAGCCGGUGGGAGGGAGCCACCCUGGUUCCCACCAACCCUGGCCCAGAGGGACCGGCCUUCCUCUCCUCUGCCCACCCCGGGGGCUACCGGGCCGACGCCUCAGUUGCCGAGCUGGGAUGUAGAGCUUCCGCCGGCUCAGUGCCCUCCGUCUCCCCGGGACCUCUCCAAACUACUCCCACCACGGACCCCGGCUCCCGGCAUCCCUAAUCCCUUCAUCCAGCGCUUGGGGUGCCCUCUGCCCAACCUGACCCAGGCUGUGACCUUCGCUAGCCCAGACCGGGGUAGUCAAGGGGCCAGAGUUUUCCUUGGCAAGCUCAGACAGGCUAGGCCAGGGCAGGCUCCGGGUUUCAUCACCCCCUCGCUGUCCAGCGAGAAGGAGGCACCCGUGCCCGGACCGCUGUCCACUUCCUCCUCCCCCACGCCCCCCACAAAGUUCCCCAGCUUUCUGCCGGGCCUGGGGCGCAGGGUGAUGAGCAGCAGCCUGUCCCAGACGCUCAACCCCGGGACCUCGCCCGAAACCAUCCUGCCUGGGCCUCAGAGGUCGGCCUCUCUCGUGUGGCCAGGCCGGGCAGCUUUCCCAGAGUCCCCGUCGCAGGCGGCACCCUCCGAUGUGCCCGCCGGGAUGCGGGAGGAGAAGGAGAAGGACAGGGAAGGGGAGGAAGAGGCCGGCCGAUUUGCCGUGGUCAUGCCACAGAUCCAGAAGAUGAGCUCCUUCCGGCGGGCGGCCCACCUGCCCCGCCAGCAUUGGUCUCGGCAGCACAUGGUGCAGGUGCCGGAGACCUCUGACCCCUGGUCCUCUGAGAAGUUGCUCCACCAGCCCCCCGCCGAGAGCUUCAAUCGAUGGCCCAACCAGACUCGGGGGAACCUCUCAGGCCAGCUGGCCCCCAGAGACUCUCUCGGCCAGCAGCGGCCCUGGGGUAGCCCGUGGAAGGAGAAGCCUAAGGGGACAUGGCAGAACAAGAUGCAUUCCAUCCGCAACCUGCCGUCCAUGAGACACCGAGAGCAGCUGGACGAGGACGGGGUGGAAGACAUGACCCAGCUGGAUGAUCUUCAGGAGUCCUCAGUGCUGUACAAUGUGAAGACUAGAUUUGACCGGGAAAUCAUCUACACGUACAUUGGCAGCAUCUUGGUGUCUGUGAAUCCGUACCAAAUGUUCAACAUCUACGGGAUGGACCAGGUGUUACAGUACAAAGGCAGGGCCCUGGGCGAAAAUCCACCGCACCUUUUUGCGAUCGCAAAUCUCGCCUAUACCAAAAUGCUGGAUGCCAAACACAACCAGUGUAUCAUCAUCAGUGGGGAAAGCGGCUCAGGCAAAACUGAAGCUACAAAGCUAAUCCUGCGUUACCUGGCGGCCGUGAACCAGAAACAGGAUGUCAUGCAGAAGAUAAAGAUCUUAGAAGCCACACCCCUUCUUGAGGCUUUUGGGAACGCCAAAACCGUGAGGAACGACAACUCCAGCCGUUUCGGGAAGUUUAUGGAGAUCUUCCUGGAGGGCGGCUUGAUCUGUGGUGCCAUAACCUCGCAGUACCUUCUUGAAAAAUCCCGGAUUGUGUUCCAGGCCAAAGACGAACGCAACUACCACAUCUUCUACGAGAUGCUAGCGGGACUUCCGGCCCAGCAGAAGCAAACCUUUUGCCUUCAGGAAGCAGAGACCUACUAUUACCUGAACCAGGGCGGGAACUGUGAGAUUCCAGGCAAGAGUGAUGCAGAUGAUUUCAGGCGGCUGCUUGGCGCCAUGGAGGUCUUGAGCUUCAGCGCCGAGGAUCAGAACAACAUCUUCCGGAUCCUCUCGUCCAUCCUGCACCUGGGCAAUGUCUACUUUGAAAAGUAUGAGACAGAUGCGCAGGAAGUGGCCUCGGUGGUCAGUGCCCGGGAGAUCCAGGUCGUGGCUGAGCUGCUGCAGAUCUCCCCAGAGGGCCUGCAGAAGGCCAUCACCUUUAAAGUAACUGAAACGAUGAGGGAGAAGAUUUUCACCCCUCUCACUGUGGAAAGUGCCGUGGAUGCCAGAGAUGCUAUUGCCAAGAUCUUGUAUUCCUUGCUCUUCAGCUGGCUCACAGACAGGAUCAACAAGCUAGUCUACCCAAAGCAGGAUGCGCUCUCCAUCGCCAUACUGGAUAUCUAUGGGUUUGAGGAUCUCAGCUUCAACAGCUUUGAACAGCUGUGCAUCAACUAUGCAAACGAGUACCUCCAGUUCUUCUUCAAUAAGAUCGUCUUCAAGGAGGAGCAGGAGGAGUACAUCCGGGAACAAAUAGACUGGCGGGAAAUCACCUUCAGCGACAACCAGCCGUGCAUCGACCUCAUCUCCCUGAAGCCUUACGGCAUUCUCCGGAUCCUAGACGACCAGAGCUGCUUCCCCCAGGCCACAGACCACACUUUCCUGCAGAAGUGUCACUACCACCAUGGCUCCAACCCCCUCUACUCCAAGCCAAAGAUGCCCCUGCCGGAGUUCACUAUCAAACACUAUGCAGGCAGAGUCACCUACCAGGUGCACAAAUUCCUGGACAAAAACUACGACCAGGUGCGCCAGGAUGUGCUGGACCUGUUUGUCGGCAGCAGAAGCAGAGCAGUAGCCAACCUGUUCUCCAGCCAUGCCCAGCUGUUUAGCCACCAGAGGAUGGGGAAGAACACCACCCUGACCAGAUUCUACAAGGCUCCCACCGUGGCCGCCAAGUUCCAGCAGUCACUUCUGGACCUCGUGGAGAAGAUGGAGAGGUGCAACCCAGUAUUUGUGCGCUGCCUAAAGCCCAACAACAAGAAGGAGCCGGGACUCUUUGAACUGGAUGUGGUGAACUGUCAGCUCCGCUACUCAGGGAUCCUGGAGACCAUCCGCAUCCGCAAGGAGGGCUUCCCUGUCCGCAUCCCCUUCCAGGUUUUCAUUGACAGGUACCGCUGUCUGGUGUCCCUCAAAUAUGAUGUCCCAGCCAACGGGGAUGUGUGCGUAUCGGUACUGAACAAGCUGUGCACAGUCACCCACCUCAUGUACUGUAUUGGCGUCAGCAAGCUCUUCAUGAAGGAGCACCUGCACCAGCUGCUGGAGAGCAUGCGGGCCCGGGUUCUACACCUGGCAGCCGUCACUCUGCAGCGCUGCCUGCGUGGCUUCUUCAUCAAGAAACGCUUCCGCUCCCUCCGCCGCAAGAUCGUCCUGAUCCAGACACGGUCCCGGGGAUAUCUGGCCAGGCAGAGAUUCCAGAAGAUGAAGAGGAGCUUGAUGAAGUUCAGAUCCUUGGUUCACAUGUACGUGAACCGCCGGCGGUACCUCAAGAUGAAGGCAGAGGCACGAAGGCUGGCCGAGGAGGAGAGAGUGAGAGUGGAGCAGGAGCUGACCAAGAGGGAGGUGGUGAAGGUGACGCACCUGGAAGUACCCGCAGAGCUGGCAGGCCUCUUGCAGGUGGCAGCAGUAUUCAAGCAUGCCAACACUGACCGCGUGGUGCCCAUCCAGGUCCCCAAGAUGCAGGCCGACACCCAAAUCACACUGCCCUUGGACAUCAAUAACUAUCCUAUGGUCGAAUUUGUGCGGGCUCACUUCAAGGAGCGGGCCUUUGGGAUGCUCGCCGUGCCCCUGGAAGCCCCUCUAACAAAGGUUGAGGAAGAAAAGCGGCCAGAAGCCCUCAGCAUCUUCAAGCUGAUUCUGCGCUUCAUGGGUGACCCCCACCUCCGCGGGGCCCAGGAAAACCUGCUUGGGAACUACAUCAUCCAGAAGGGCCUGUCGGCGGAGGAGCUGAGAGAUGAGAUCCUGGCCCAGCUGGCAAAUCAAGUGUGGCGGAACCCCAAUGUCAACAACGAGGAGCGCGGCUGGCUCCUCAUGGCCUCCUGCCUCAGCAGCUUCGCCCCCUCCCCUCGACUGGACAAAUACUUACUGAAGUUUGUCUCUGAUUAUGCUCACGACGGUUACAAGGCGGUGUGUCAGCAUAAGCUAAUGCAGGCCAUGGCCAAGGGUCAGAGCAGGCCCGGGGCUGCCCGAACCUACCCCCCGACCCUGCUGGAGUGGACCGUGAACAGGGAGAGGGCGAACAUGGCCUUGGACAUACACUGUUUCAAUGGAGACCAGUUUACUUGUCCAAUCCAUUCCUGGAGCACAGGAGAGGAUGUGGCCGGAGACAUCCUCAAGCACAGGGGGCUGGCCAAAGGCUGGAGGGGCUGGACGGUCUCCCUGAAGAAUGGUGCCCAAUGGGUGGAGCUGGCAGGCCAUGACUACAUCCUGGACCUCGUCUCCGACCUGGAGCUGCUAAGAGACUUUCCCAAGCAGAAAUCCUAUUUCAUCAUUGCCUCGGAGGGAGCGGAGCAGGGCCGGAACAACACCAGCCUAGUGUUCGGGAAUGGCUCGGACUCAGAUGAGGAGCUUCCCGCCCUGCCCGUGAGGAAGGGCCCUGUCUUGGUGUCACCGCACCUGCCUGACUUGGAUGGCUACUACAGUCAUGCAGACUCGGACAGUUUCAGUGACCACCCACCCACCCAGAAGGGUCUGGAUCGCUACCUGGACAGCCUCUUUGACCCCGUCCUAUCCUAUGGAAAUGCGGACCUGGAGAAACCAGCCGCCAUCUCGUACAGGAUGAAAGGGGGAGGCCAACCGGGUGACCGCGAUCAGAGAGGGCAGCGGCACAGCAGCACCUUGCCCCCAAAGAUGCCCCGGGAAGCAGUUCCAUGUCUGGAUCCUUCCACUCUGGCUCUGCAGCAGGCCUUCAUCAACAAGCAAGCCAUGCUCCUGGCUCGCCAGAUGACAAUGCAGGCCAUGGCCAUCCAGAAGCAGCAGCUGAUGGACCCCAUCUCCCCAAGCCCCUCCGAGGCCUCCCGCCCCACCAGCGCCGAGCAUUUCCCAUCUGGCCCAAGAGCCUCAAGCCCCUUCUCCAGAGCCAAGCCUGCCCUGCCACCACAGAAGCCCCUGGUGUUUAGUCCCCUGCCCAAGCCGGUGGCGGCCAGCAACCUCCCGAAGCCGGUGGCAGCCCCCGUCCUGAUCCAGGGCAGAACUUCUUCAGCCAUGGCAGCCUCAGGUUCUGGUCCCCCCGGCCCAGAGCUGGUCCGGCACAGCACUCUGAACUCCGAACACUUCCCCGAGCCCACGCACAACAUCAAGAACAUCAUCAAGCAGUACCAGCAGCCUGCUCGCGCCCCUGAGCCCAUCAGGAAAGAAGGUGGGAAAAUUUUUGUGAAGAAGCUGGAUCCCCACGAAGAGGCCCUGAUGAUCCUGAAAGGGCAGAUGGCCGCUGCCUCGGAGACGCAGGCACCUAAAGAGACCAUCGCCAUGGUGAAGCCCGUAGCCAGCACCAAAACCAAGAGGCCAGCGCCAGGCCUGGCGGUUCCAGUCGGUCCCACAGAUGGGACGCCAGUGCCACCUCCGAAGCCAGCGCCGGCACCGGGCCCUCCUCCAGUGGUGGUCUCGCGGGCACUGGUGCCCACAGAGGAGCCCAUCCAGACGCGGCUCCACCGGCAAUGCAAUGAGGUAUUCUACUCUUACCAAGGCGUGCCCUGGAGGAUCUACAUCCGGAAGGAGGUGUUCUACCCCAAAGACAGCUACAGCCACCCGCUGCUGCUGGAUCUCCUUUUCCGCCAGAUCCUCCAUGACACCCUGUCCGACGCCUGCAUUCGCAUCAGCAAGGAAGAGAGGCUCAAGAUGAAGUUGCUGUUUGUCCAGAACAACGUGGAUUCCCUCAGCCCAGUGGUGGAUGAGAACAUGAAGAAGAUGAUCAUCAGCGCAGCCCUGGAGGGCUGGGAAGUUUACUUCUCCCGCCUCUUCCCGGCCACGGGCAGCGUGGGCACCGGCGUGCAGAUCCUGGCCGUCUCCCACUCAGGCAUCAAGCUUCUGCGUCUGGUCAAGGGCAGCAGGACAUCAGCGGAGCAGCUGCGAGUCCUGCGCAGUUAUAGCUACUCAGACAUCCUGUUCGUGACCAUCCCCUCCAAGAACAUGCUAGAGGUCAACCUUGCCAGCGAGAAGUUGAUCCUCUUCUCCUCCCGGGCCCCCCAGGUGAAGAGCAUGGUCGACUACUUCAUCCUGGAGCUCAAGAAGGACUCGGACUACGUGGUGGCGGUGAGGAAUUAUGUCACCGAUGACCGGAGCCUCCUGAACUUCCACAAGGGAGACAUCAUCCACCUGCAGGCCACGGAGAGGUCUGAGGAAGGUUACAGUUACGGCUGCAUUGUCAGAAAGAAGGUGAUGUACCUUGAAGAGCUGAAGAGGGGCACCCAGGACUUUGGGUGGAAGUUUGGGGCCAUCCAGGGACGCUCCGGUCACUUCCCUGCUGACUUUGUGCAGCCCGUGGCUGCUCCGGACUUCAUCCACCUCCCCGGGGAGCGGAAGGAGGAGCCCCGGGGUCAGCAAGCCAAGGCAGCCGCUUCCGCCGCGGUGGCCGUGGCCGUGGCUUCGGCUGCCGCGGCCCAGGAGUUGGACUGGAAGACGGAGGUAAUGGACUGGUCUCCCCCUUUUAGACUCGAGAACAUGGCGGAGGAGCCUCACCUGCCAGGUCCGCAGUAUGUCAUGCAGGAGUUUUCCCGGAAGUAUUUCCGGGACCCUCAGAGGAAGUCAGUGCGGGAUUCCUUCAAACAGAAGUCCAAGAAAGGGAGGGAAUCCAGAGACACGAGUGACAUGCUAAGAUUCUCCAAGACGCCAAUCCAGGAGUCCCUCAUCGAGUUCAGUGACACCGGGCUCAACAAAAUUGCCGCAGAGACGUUUCUAGCUAUCAUGAAGUUCAUGGGAGACUUCCCGAUGAAGGCACAGACCGAACUGGAUGUGAUCUGGGCCCUGCUGAAGUUGUGCAGGGACCAUGAGGUCAUUCGAGAUGAGAGCUACUGUCAAGUCAUCAAGCAGAUCACGGACAACACCAGCUCCAAGCCGGAUAGCUGCCAGCGUGGCUGGAGACUGCUCUACAUCCUCACGGCCUAUUACAAGUGUUCUGAGGUCCUGAAGCCACACCUCUGCCGCUUCCUCCUGGAUGUCUGCAGGAGCCCAGGCUUGCACUUCCAAGGGAUCGCCAAGGCCUGUGAGCAGAAUCUCUGGAAAACUUUCCAGUUUGGAGGAAGGAAAGAGUUCCCCAGCAGCAUGGAGCUCAAAGCCAUGGUGGCUGGGCGGAGCGCAAAGAGGCAGCUGUUUCUCUUGCCGGGAGGAAUUGAGCGGCACCUGAAGAUUAAGACAUGUUCAGUGGCUUUGGACGUGAUCGAGGAGAUCUGUAGGGAGAUGGCACUGCAGCGGCUGGAGGCUUUUGAUGAGUACGUGAUCUUCGCCGUAUCCAAUCGAGGUCAGAAUGUCCGGCCCCUGAAUCAGCGGGAGUACAUCCUGGACGUGGCCACGGAGAUGGAACAAGUGGACAGUAACUAUAUGUUCUGGUACCGGCGCAUCAUCUGGUGUCAGCCGCUUAAGUUUGAGAAUGAUCUCUAUGUGACCAUGCACUACAACCAGGUCCUUCCUGACUAUCUGAAGGGCCUUUUCAACAUCCUGCCAUCCGUGAGGCCCAGCGAGCAGCAGUUUCAGCAGUUGGCCAAGUUGGCAGCACUCCAGCACCGAGCCAAAGACAGCGUCUACCUGCCCAGUGUCCGCGAGGUCCAGGAUUACGUGCCGCCCCAGUUCUACCGGAUGAUGAAGGGCCAGGCCUGGUUGAACCUGGUGAUUCAGCAUAUGCAGCAGAUCCAGGCCCUGAGCCCCCACCAUGCCAGGGCCCAGUUCCUGGGGCUCCUCAGUGCCUUCCCGAUGUUUGGAUCCUCUUUCUUCUUCAUCCAGAGCUGCAGCAACAACACCGUGGUCUCCCCCUGCAUCCUGGCUGUCAACCAGAAUGGCCUCAAUUUCCUCAACAGAGAGUCCCAUGAGCUGAUGGUGAAGUUUCCACUGAAGGAGAUCCAGUCUACCAGGACCCAGCGUCCCACAGCCGGCUCUAGCUAUCCCUACGUGGAAAUCAUGCUGGGAGACCUGAUGUCCCAGAAGAUAAUGCAGCUGCAGCUUGAGCAGGGCCUGGAGCUGUGCCGCGUGGUUGCCACCCACAUGGAAAGCCUGCUGGACGCCCGGGAGAAAAGACUCACUCUUCCCCCCAGUGAAAUCACCCUGUUGUGAUCCCUCUACCUCCUUCACAACCGGCCAGUCUGUCUUCUGGCAAGAAGCUAGGGCCUCUUGGUUGGGCCUGUGACAGGCAGAUGUCCUAAAGCACGAGAGGCCCUGCCUGCCAGGAGCUUUCAUUUGUAACAGAGACCCAAUCCGGGCGAGCCAAUGGUUCUUUGCCUGAAUCAGUUGGAACUAAAGCAAUCUGGAAAGCAAACAGCUGGGUCUCGGUCGGGAAAAACAUUUGAGUGGAUUUAGAUUGGAGUGGGGUUGGGAACAAAGGAGAAGGGAACAUCUCUAAACUAUAAGCUCAUCGUGGGCCAACUUAUCUGCCAACUCUCUCUUUUCCUUGUGUUGAAGUGGUUUCCGCAGAGGUGCGGGCCCAAGCUACGAUGUUGCUUCUGUGUACAGGAGACCAAGCAGCUGCCCAAGGAGGGUGCCACUGCCCUAGGAGGGCACCCCGGCCUUACUUGCCCCAAUCUGCUGCCCAUCCCAAGAGUACAUUUUCUGCUGUGGUCAGGGGGCACGUUUCUGGUUCACGCUGCACUCAGGCCCCCUAUUUUAAAGGCCCCAAAGCCUCCAUUUAUGUAGGGCCCAGAGGAGUUCCCCACUAAAUGACUCCCAGUUUUAUAAUAUAUUUGU